CACUCCCUUGGAGCUGCCAGGGGCUGAACAGGGAACAAGGAAAUACAAGCUCUGCUCUCCCUGUGACUUCAGAAAAACAUUUUCCGCUUCAUGGAAGCAGGAGCGACAUGGGCACCUCCUGCAGCUGUGCGGGACGCUGGAGAUGUCCUUCACCUUUUAAAAGAAAAAAAGAAAAGCAAGGCACUAGAGCAAAACAGAUGAGCCAACUGCACCAGGAUGACAGGAAGAAGGGUCUGCAGGCUGCUCACACAUACGAUGACGUCUCGAAGUUUCCAGUCUAUGCUACUGUGAACAAGCCCAGGAAUGUGAAGCAUGAUGACAGCGUACACUAUGCAGAUAUCCAGGUGUUCACCAGGGCCCGGGAGCGCUCGGCCCAAGAGGUGAAGAACUUGCAAAUACAGAAUGCAACGGAGUAUGCCACCCUUAACUUCCCCUAUCCCAGAGUGAAAUACGAUAGCAGAAAUGGGACCCUGGUGUAAGAGGUGCAGCAGCUUCCUUCAGCAAAAGUGUUUCACAGACUGAGAUGCCGUAGAUUCAAGCCUGUAUCCCCAUGGACGCAUGGGUCUCUCUGAGAAUGUGCAGAGAACCUGGAUCCUCCAGCUGUAUUUGGUUUUGAAGGACUCUAAUAUUUCUCGUAACUGAAUAAAACUUUUCAUUGGGUUUUGCUCAGAAAAUCCAACUUACCCCUUUAGAAACGUCAGGGAUGUUUCUGAGGCUGGAAGGAUGUCUGCUUUGGGCCCUUCUAGAAAGUAAAGGUGCUCCCUGUCUAAUGAAAUCAUAGCCCAAUGCCAUGGGGAAGUGGUUCAUGGCAUGGCAGGAGGAUUAGCUCAGCACCAAUAAGGCAGAUCUGGAAACCCAGAACAAAGGAUUAGAUAAGUUAGAACAAGUGAAAUGUUUGCCACUGGAUUUUGUUUCAACAUCAAGAAAACCCUGCAGCUGUUACAGAAAAUGACAGGUGGGUGAUACUGUGAGGAAAUUGCAUGGACCAUGUCACCCUAUGCAUGCUGCAAACACUAGCCCUUCCACUUGGCAUGCUUCAGACACUAACCCCGUACCAUUUCCCCAAUGAAGCAGUGUGUUCCCACCAUGCACAGUGCUCUGCAAUGCUAAGAGCAGGAAUGCAGGGUCUAGACAUAGCUAUAAAGCAGCCCUUUCAGCAGUGUGAUGGUUAUAGAUGUGGAUCCUUGCCCCUGAAAGGGAAUGAGAAGCUCUUAGCUAU